GAUUACUGGGGAGGUUUUGAGGUGCAAAAUGGCCGUGAUGAUUAGAAUCGCUUUCAGAGUUUCUUGGCUUUGUUACAUGCUAAUUGGAGGGAUAACCUGUUCUACAUCAAGUGAUGGGAGUCCUGCACCAGGUUCUGAUGCCGCAUGGCUCUAUGCAGGCUCACUUAGGUCUAAAGGAUAUGGUAAUAACUCUCCAACAGCUCCCUUACAAGCACAGCUGACCGAAGAGCAACAGAAACAUCUGGCUGCCAUCCUGCAAAAGCAACUGGCCCCCAUGCCCCAGGCACCUCAGAAAAUGUUGUAUCCAGCUCAAAUGCCCUUGCAGGAAAAGCAACCGUCCGCCAUGAUCCAACAGCAGACUCUACCGGCCAGAUAUCCUAAGCAGCCUAAAGGAGUGUUGUAUACUGCUCAAAUGCCCAAGAAGCAACCAGCUACUGAACUUCAGCAUCAGAAGGAACAGCAAGUGUGGUAUCCAGUUAAAAUUCCCCAGCAGGAAAAGCAAUCAACUACUAGUUCUCAGCAGCAGAAGGAACUGACCACCAUGCCCCAGAAGCAACCGGCUCCAAUGCCUAUACCGCAGAAAAAACCAACAGCUAUGCCCCAGCAAGUAUGGUAUCCAGCUCAAAUGCAGCAGAAGCAACCAGCCCUAAUGCCUCCACCCCAGAGCAACCGGCCACCAUGCCCAAGCAAGUGUGGCAUCCAGCUCAAAUGCCUCAGCAGCAAAAGCAACUAGCUACUAAACCUCAGCAGCAGAAGCAACUAGCUACUAAACCUCAGCAGCAGAAGGAACCGGCCGCCAUAAACCAGCAACCACAGCAAGUGUUGCAUCCAGGUCAAAUGAUGCUAAAGCAACUUACUGCCAUGCCCCAGCAAGUGUGGUAUCCUGCUCAAAAGCCCCAGCAGCAGAAGCAACCGGCCGUUGAACCUCAGCAGCAGAUUGAACAGACCGCCAUGCCCCAGCCACCUCAGCAAGUGUGGCAUCCAGCUCAAUUUCCCCAGAAUCAACCAGUCCCUAUGCAUCAACCGCAGAAGGAACUGACCGCCAUUCCACCACAACUGUUGCAAUCUGCUCAAAAGCCCCAGCUGCAGAAGCAACCGGCCGCUGAACCUCAGCAGCAAAUAGCACUGACCGCCAUUCCCCAGCCACCUCUGCAAAUGUGGCAUCCAGCUCAAUUUCCCCAGGAGCAGAAGCAACCAGCCUCAAUGCCUUUACCACAGAAGCAACCGACCGCCAUGCCCCAGCAAGAGUGGUAUCCAGCUCAAAUGCCCCAACAGCAACUGGCCCCAAUGCUUUUACUGCAGAAACAACCAACAGCUAUACCCCAGCAUGCAUGGUAUCCAGCUCAAAUGCCCCAGCAGCAGAAACAACUGGCCACCAUGCUGCAGAAGCAACCAGCCACCAUGCCCCUGGACGUGUUGCAUCCAGCUCAAAAGUCCCAGCUGCAGAAGCAACCAGCCGCUGAACUUCAGCAGCAAAUUGAACUGACUGCCAUGCCCCAGCCACCUCUGCAAAUGUGGCAUCCAGCUCAAUUUCCACAGAAGCAACCAGCCCCCAUCCAUCUACCUCAGAAGGAAUUGACUGGCAUACCCCAACAACUGUGGCAAACGUCCCAACAGCAUAAGCAGCCGGCUGCCAUGCUUCAGCAAGUGUGGCAUCUGGCACAGAAGCAACCGGCCCCUAUGCCCCAGCAGCCUCACGACGUGUGGUAUCCAGCUAAAAUGGUCCAGAAGCACUACAAAAGCACUGAAGAUGGUGCCUCUGGUAGCUCUCAGGCCAGCACCGUUGAACAGUCGGAUGUCAUCCCAAUCUAUUCCUACAGUUCCAAAUCACACUACGAGAAUGGGAGAACUGUCUUCUCCCAAACCCGCUACACUCCUAGGGAGCCUAUGCUGGUUGACAGUGGAGAUACUCCCAAGGACAGUUAUGUUGGCAUUGGUGCACCAAGCAUAUAUCCACCACUAGUGAAGGAUUCUGCAAGGAAAAUGUAAUGGAUUCAUCCUCUAGAAUCUCUAACUGUGAGAAUUGUUUCUGACAUUGGUUACUUAACAUUCUGUGUUGCUGACACUGCAGUUCUUUCUGCUUUUGUUUCAACCAGGAAGUUGCUGGUGCUCUUGGUGCUCUUGCUGCUCUAGCAUGAUGGAAUCAAUAAACAACUUUACUUUAAAAAAUGCCUUGUCUCUUUGAGAUAUUGGUUCUCAUAUCCAAUGCUUGCUAAUUGAGAACAGGUGGUGUGCAGUCUGUAGUAAAAAUGACUAAUGUUCAGUUAAUUCUUUGGUUUUCUAAUCUUUUCACCUGCGCUACUGGUUGUUCAAAAUAAAAGCUUGGGUCUACAUAAGA